AUGGCUAGUAUCGUGGAAGAUUAUCUGGAGAGUCCCGGGAUGGAACAGGAGACCGACGAUGUCUUCCCUUGCAAAGGCUGCGGAGAUGUAUCCGGAAACCGAUGGCAUCUUGAUUGCUUCCGAUGUAACACCUGCGGCACACUUCUCGACUCUGACGCGAACCUUCUACUCCUUGGCGAUGGGUCUCUCAUCUGCAACAACUGCACAUACAGCUGCAGCGCCUGCGGCAAUAAGAUUGAAGACCUGGCCAUCCUUACUGGGGAGCAGGCGUUUUGUGCCACAUGUUUCCGUUGUCGCAACUGUAAACGCAAAAUCGAAAACCUUCGAUAUGCACGCACUUCCCAAGGCAUAUUUUGCAUGGGCUGCCACGAAACGCUCAUGGCUAGGCGUAGGAAAAAAUCAAAAGCAGCAGCCGCUGCAAAAGCGAGAGAAAAAGAGCAUUCACCUAUGAUCACAGAAAAGUCGCUGCCCGCUUUACCCGCGAAUGCCAUCCCACCAAACGCCUUCUCCAAUGACCGGGUAGAUCCUGAUUCAGAUACUGCCACCGAGCUCUCUCCACGGCCUCGGAAUCACACUCGCCACGAGUCUUCGUCUCGCAGUAGCUCACGGCCAGCUCGUUCUCCUGAGCGAAAGCCAGACGGUUUAAAUUUGCCCGCCACGACCUACCGGAGCAAUCGCAACUCAACCAUGAUGUCUCGGACGGAAAACUCCAACGACGACGGCUUCCUCAUCUCUGUCGCCUUAGACCCAAGUCCGCACCCAACACCAAAGUCAACCUCCGACAACAUGGCGGAGGGCAAAUCGAAGGACCGAGACUAUUUCGGUGCGGCAAAGCCUCCUUCUGAGAAGAGGAGCGACUCCCGUACCUCCACCCCGCAUAUUGCUUUCCAGGAGAAGGGUCGUCAAGCAUCUACUUCGGAGCACGACACUCCACCCAAGCUGCCUGAUCGAAAGCAUUCUAAACCCCCACGACCGGAAUCUAUGAAACCGUCACCCGCUGUCGAUGACAAGACCCAGAAGACAAGCGGUCGCCGCCCGCCUACGGAGGAUUUUAAGCUACAAGAGGCCCCCAAGAGCAAGAAGCUGCUUUCAAGGAGCAGUUCACAGUCAUCAGGUGUACCUGCAGAGACAAGUUCCGUGAGAACCAGCAACGGACAACCAGGUAAGGCUGGCCACAGUGGUCUGCCUCACUCUGAUAGCAACGCAACCACGCCUGCCUCCCGUUCAUCGCUGGAGUCAAGGUAUCUGGAUGAGGAAGAGCUCCGUGCAUCGAUGGACUCUUCGACAAGAACAUCUUCCAGACCAGAGAACGCAAAGCCCCUUAGCAGAAAGGACGUUCCCUCUUCCUCUAGCAAAUCUGCGAAUGGCAGCAGCCGACAACAAAGCCGACAGGAAUCCCCUGAAGAUUCCACGCCCACGCGCCAAACUCCCUCUCGAAGCAUUUCGGAGCACAAGAAGACCGACACCUACAUGCAACCACGUUCUGCACCUGCACCUCCGAACAGGGGUCAUGCCGCAGGAAAGGAGGGUUCCAAGGAUGAUGGUAGCUCUCCCAAGGUCUCGCCAAAGCUACCUAGAUGGAGCAGCGGUGGGGACUUGAACAUGGACGAGGACAUGGCACGGAUACUAGGCACUGACGAAGGCUCAUCCUCGAUACUCCGCAGAGUUUCUAACGCGGUAAGACAUGGUCGCACCGGCAGCGUGGAGUCACCACAUCAGAUGCAUCCAGGGAACAGGCACACCAGGAGCAUCAGUGAAACUACACGAGCUACUGGAUCACCCCGCUGGCCCAGGACACCCGUCGCUGAUGAUUACCAUGCGCAGGAUAUCAGCAGCCCCAUGUCACUGACAGCAGGCGACGACCCUGCUUUCCUCAAACGACAACUACGAAAUUCGGAGCAGCGCGUUGCGGAGCUUGAGAGGCAGUUUACUACCGAGAAAGAUCUCAAGAGCCUUAACAAGAAGCUUGUGGAGAAGCGAAAGACGGUUUCUGUUCUCGACACACAGACUGAGAUUAUGAUUCGACAGCUGGAAGUGUUGGCAGGAUAUGUCGAGCGAGCGAAGGAAACAAAGACGCCCGUAGACCCUCGAGAUUUGGAGGAGUCGGCUAUCAAAGAGUUUGUUCAGAAGCUCGACAAGGUCAAGUCGGCCAUGUCUGCCACUAUCGAGCAGCUUCAUGAAGAGCGGGACCUGUUGUGCGAAGAGAAAGACCAAGCCAUUGCGGAUCGCGAUCGUGCCCUCCUUGAAUUUGAGCAGUUGUCGUCCAAGAACGCACAGCUUGCUGAUAUGAACAAUGAUCUAACACAUCAGAUCCAGGAACGCUUCAAGUCACAGAUUGGAGGCGAUAUCAAGUCUCCUGGCGCUCUUGGCAUAUACGCUGGCAAGGGUCUCAACGCCUCGUCCAUUAACCUUGACGCUGCUAGCUUAUCAACAGGAGCCACUCUGGUCCCUGCCGAUGAAGAUACUAUUGUCGAAGCCGGCCCUACUGUCGUACAGGUCAGGAAGGGACAGGCCAAGAAAUUCAACUGGAAGAAGGGUUCCAAGGGACUGGCCCAGGGUGUUGCCAAGGGCGUCAACAGAGCCGUUGUUGCCUUCCAGAAUGAUCGUGAGAGAAUGCAGCAACAGGGAGGGCUGAGCGGAGAGAACAUUGGCAUGCCCUACAAUAUGACAGUGGCCCAGGUUGAAGCGCCGGCCGGUCUUCCUUCCAACGGCCACGUCUCGCACGAGAAGCAUGGUGCGGCUGGAGCGCAAGCCAGGAGGCAGGAAGAGCGCGAGCGCGAGCGCCAAGGCUUUGGCUUCUUCGGAAAGAAGAACGCGAUGCCCAAGUCUGGCUCCGCGGGCACCAUGAACAACGUCGAAGCAGCUGAACCUCCGACAGUUCUCUUCGGGUCUGAUCUCGCUGAGCGGGCUGACCACGAGCGCCGACAGAUUCCCAGUGUGGUGACGAGAUGUAUCGAAGAGGUUGAACUCAGGGGCAUGGAUCAAGAGGGUAUUUACCGAAAGACUGGUGGAAAUUCACAAGUCAACAUGAUCAAGGACGGCUUCAGCAAAGACGAGAACUUUGACAUCUCGGACCCUGACCUGGAUAUCACGGCCGUCACUAGUGUGCUGAAGCAGUACUUCCGCAAGCUGCCGAUACCCCUGCUGACGUUCGACGUCUAUGAGCGCGUUCUUGAGUCGAUUGCCAUUGUUGAUGAAGACGAACGAAGCGAUCACCUACGUAAGACGUUUGCUUCGAUGCCUCAACGUCAUCGCGAUUGUCUCGAGUUCCUUAUGUUCCAUCUUGCACGCGUUGCUCAGCGUGAACCUGAGAACUUGAUGUCCCCCAAGAACCUGGCUGUCGUUUUCGCACCCACUAUCAUGCGUGACACAAGUCUUGAACGCGAGAUGACGGAUAUGCAUGCCAAGAACCUUGCGAUACAGUUUGUCAUUGAGAACAGUAAUACGAUUUUCGAGGAUGCUUAG